CAACAGUUUCUGCUGGCCAGCACAUUCAUUCGGAGACCCGAGCAGCCUUUCUUGGGUUAGGCGAAAACUUUGCCUGUGUUUGUUUCGUCUGACAGCGGGACGUUUUGGAUCUAGAAACAGUCGUGUCGUGGCAAUCACACGCCUUUUUUAAACUAUGUAGAGAUGGAGUUCAUGAAACUGAUCGGAACUGUUUUGGCAGUUUGUUUUCAUCCUAGCUGCGCAUCAAGCGCGUUCGGUGAACACAGGAUAUGCCGGAGAGGGACAGAGAAGCCCUGCUAUAAGAUCACAAGCUUCCAGGACAGCAGGCUCAGAGCGAGCUUUGAGGCAGCCAGAGAGAAAUGCAGGGAGGAUGAAGGGGAGCUGCUCAGUAUUGAGACCGAGAAUGAGCAGCGUCUGGUGGAGAAGAUUGUUCAGGAGCUCAGGGCCUCGGAUGGAGACUUCUGGAUUGGGCUACGAAGGAGUCCACAAUAUAAUGUUGAUUGUUCAGCACAGUAUUACUGGCUGGAUUACAGUCAGGCCACAUUUAGGAACUGGCUGGUGACGGAGCCUUCUUGUGGCCUUGAUCAGUGUGUGGCGUUAUUCUACCGGCCCUCGUCUUCUGCUGUCCUGAAGAAACGCAACAUGUUCAAGUGGACGGACUUCAAUUGCAAUUCCAAGAAUAACUUCAUCUGCAAGUACUCAGAUGAGAAGCAUCCUGUCCCCACUCCAGCAGGAAAUAUCACCACACAUACAGGUAUUGAUGACCUGACUCCGGUGCCAAAGCACCCGCCCAUUACUGUGGACAAUGACAGGAUAAAAACUGAACUCUCAGAGUCAUCUGUUUCUAUUUCAGAUGACACAAUUAAUAUUUACUACAUCCUCCUGGCCAUUCUACCUGUGAUGCUGCUGUUGAUAUUGGUGGUGUCAGGGGUGUUCUGUUUCAGAGUCAUGUCAAGGAGGAGAAAAGAACAGAAUGAAAUCUAUGCCGUGCCAGGACAGUGGGUGCGUCCAGUAGCUCCAAAAAGUCAAAAUAGUUAUGAACACACCAACAAAUUCAACCAGCCUGGAGCUCACCUGGAGUACAUGAGCUCUGAAAUUGACAGAACAUUUAGCGUGACGUCCACAAACAGUCAGUUUGAGGACUACGAGAACGUUCCGAGCCGCCCCACACGGUGUGGUUUUGUCACUAAUGACAUCUACGAGACCUGCCGGAGCCCCUCGGCAGGAGGGGCCGGAUGGGUGGACAAUGACAUAUAUGGAUACUAAAACACAGUAUAUACUGAUCUCUAUCCCACUAGUGUGGCACCAUGUUUGAUCUCUUCCCCAGUCUGUAUGCCUGCUCUUUGAUGUGCCCUCUGUGACCUAGUGUGAAGGAUUGGGAAGUCAGUGGGGUCUAAUGCAGGGGUGUACAGUACAAUGAAGCUCAAAUUCCCAUAACUGGACUAUACAAAGAAGCAUAAAGGUGUCAUCGGCUUGUGAGAGCUUCCUCUGUGGAAACUGGUAUCCUGGAACAGGACCUUCCCUUUUUGGAAAUCCACAAAACACGCUGACCUCUCAGCCCAUCUCAAAAACAUCCUUCUGUCUCUGAAAAUGGCCUCUCUAAAGGAUAUCUACUGAUGUUCCUUUGUUUUUGAAGGUUAUGUAGUUGCUUUGUAAGCACCAUUGUGUAAAAACAAAAGGUAUUAGCUAAAUGAUUUCUAUGCAUAAAACAUUAUUGUUACGUAAUUAUUGAUUAUGUAUAUUUCUUUUGGGUAGGAAUGGAAUUGUGAGGAAAAAAAGAAAAGUUUUUGCUGUAUUUGGAUUGUAAAGGAUUAUAUGUUCUCUCUGUCCAUAUAAUAAUAAUAACUCUGUCACAUUAUUUAGUCUUUUUCUCAAACAGAAUAGCUGUUUCCACACUCAUGGAAAUAACUGGUCAUUUUUAAAUCAGGCAUGGAAAAGGAGAGUAGUGAAUAUACCUUUUUCUUCUUAUACUUAAUUAUAAAAUAUUUCAUUACGACAACUAAAACUCUAUAAAAUCGCAAUGACAACAAAAGAUAUAGAAAUGGAUUGAUUAAAAGGUCUGACCCUGUUUGGAAAUGCAUUAUUAUUCUGCUGAAUUCUCCGACGUCAGAGCUGCAGGAGCAGUGAAGUAUUUUUAGUACUGCAGUACAGCAUUUGUCCAGGAGAUGUCGCCAUAUGAUAGGCUGAAUCGCUUGCAGCGUUGAUACAUUUGUUGUUAAAAAAAUAAACAUUUCAAUACAAA